GUCCUUCAAUCCUCUGCUGCAGGCAUCUCCGGGUCAUGGUCGUUUUCACCGAAUACGAUCUGUGUUAUGGGCGUUUGCAUCAGGUAGUUAAGCGCAUACCUCACGUCUAGAAACGCCACCUGGCCACCAUUAUUAUUGCUUCGGUCUCACCUCUCCAUACUAGAAUGAGUGGGCGUGAUCGUCAUCGAGGGCUCCCCUCGAAUUUAUCACCUCAGAAAGAACGUCGGCCUGGCGGAGACUUUCGUAACGGUGGAGGUCCAAUGCCUGGAGUAUCGGGCAUGUCGCGGGCAGAAAAGUUCGAAGACGAAAAGCAGCGGAUUAUUCAGAGUUGUUUUUCCAAAAAGGAGCCAGAUGGAUCGGUUGUCGAAUCCUAUAUUACCCAUAUUCGCGUUACGGAAGAUGGCGCAUACCCAUCUAGUCCACCACCACCCUCCUCCCCGCCAGAGAAUAAGAAGCCAAGGGUAAUCAUCGUUGCAGUACGGAGGUCGGGAAGGGUGCGAAUGCAUAAAGCCCGAGAAAACAGCGAUGGCUCAUUUUCGAUUGGGAAAACUUGGAUGUUGGACGACCUGGCUCGCAUACAGACCUUCGAGAAUCUAGUUCCCUCCAAUCCAAUCGAGCAACAACAAAAGCAAUUGGCGUCUAACAUCGGGUUUGUGGUUACAAUCACUAAGCCGUAUUAUUGGCAAUCGGAUACCCCAAAAGAACGAGACUUUUUUAUCGGUAGUCUAGUUAAGAUCUACAAGAAGUAUACUGGUGGCAAGGUUCCCGCGUUGGUAGGUUUUGAUUCUCGAGAUAGAGAUAUACUUACCGGCAACGUACCUGGAGGGCCCCAUCCAGCCAAAGCCCCUAAAAUUUCAGAACCACAUCCUGCCAGGCCAGACCCACGGCUUCUCCGCUCGAGAUCCCCUUCCGCUCAGCGCAGCGUGCCACAAUCACCGCUUUCAAAUCGUGCUCCAAGUCGCGAUGGCCCCCGAGAGUCUCGAAGACAGCCAUCAAGGGAACAAUUUAUGCGACCCCAACCAAGCCAGGAGCAGAUGCCUAAAAUGCGGCCCCCAUUCUCUCCAACUCAACCUUUACAAACACCGCCGUCAAGAGAUGGCCUCUCUUCGAAGGCUGCCGAAUCACCUGUUCUCCCAGACUAUACUCCUCCCACAUCAUUCUCUGCUGAAUCGAUGUCAAGGCACCGGGCCGGGCCUGUCACUACCGAUAGUAGACAAAAUCAGGCCGUUGAGACACCAAUUAAAAUAUCUGCGCCCCACGAUAACGAGGGGCCUUCCCACUCUGUCCCUUCAGCUAACCAAAAUCAGCCUGUUGUGCGGAAUAACUUGCAGCUCAAUCUGGAUCUCGAGGGCGGCUCACCUUCGGAGACGGUAAAGCAAAGGCUUUCACCUCUGGAUAAGCCACAUGAUUUUACAUCGGGAAUUCUGCGUCCUUCUCCGGGAGGCUCUAAAGGAAGCAUUGAGCAGAAGAGUCUUCGGGCUGAUACUGAGGAGAAUUUCGUCACACCUCGCUCUACCCCUGGAGCUUCUAGGACGGAAAUACGCCCUCCGUCGACUGGAAGUGGCAUAUCUACUAAAGGUUUUGAUUCAGAGCUUUCACAGCGGCCCGGUGGCUUAUCCGAUGAAACAGAUACAGCGCCUGCUCUUCCUUCAAUUUCUACGCCUAUCGAAGACGUUAAACCCGCUAUGUCAACUAUUGAAGACGACACUUCUCGUAGGCGAGGAUCUGCGGAACCGGCUCCGCUACAAAUCAGCAUUAAGAAAACAACAGUGUCUCCCCAAUCAGAAGAAGAAACUCACAGACCCGGUCUUGGUCCAAUGGUAAAGAAAAUGGGCGGGAAAGAUCUUGCUAAUACCUUCAGAAAAGCCGCUACAGCCUAUGGUGCUUUUAAACCAAGGGCCGGAGGUGCUGCAGAGCGGUUAAUGGCAGCAAAAGAGAAGUCCGAUAACGAACCUGAUGGUAUUACCAGCGUUGUUCCUGCACCCUUCCUACGCGCGCAAGUCAACGAAACUGGAAAAUUAGCUACCCAAACAGAAACCACAGGGUCCCAGGAACUAUCCAAACUUCAGGUCACAGAUGCUUCUUCGGAGAGAAGCCUGUCCGUUGGAGCCGCCGCACGCAAAAGGAGGCCAGUAUCACCAAGGCCUCGUCCAGAGGCUCGAGAGGAUAACAGUGCGCAAUAUUGCAAUGCCCUUGGAAUUGAUCAUAGUCUUCUGAACGGACGAGGGGUAGACUUUGAUCACAUUCUCACCGACCUGGGGUGGGAUGGUAAGCUUAAGGACGGCAAGACCGCCGACGACCUCGAAACGGACAUUCGGAGGGAAAUUGGCCGAGUUCAGGCCAGUAGUUGGCUAGGCCAUCUUGAGUCCCAGGAAGGCCAGGUCAAUGAACUAGCACAGUUGUUUGAUCGUGCAAUAGAAGAGUGUGAGGAACUGGACGGCCUUUUAACGUUAUACUCGCACGAACUUAGCACACUGGCCGACGACGUCGUAUAUAUCGAGGCACAGGCUGAGGGUCUCCAGGUCAAGGUUUCAAAUCAGAAAUUACUCCAAGCGGAGCUACAGAACUUACUCAAAUCCCCCGAGAGGGAUUAAAUAAAUGCAGCCGCACAGAUACCCUUACAGUACUCUACAACUUCGCUUGCAGGUCAUUGACGGUUUCAAUCUCCCGUUCUUCUUCAAUAGCCAUGAUGUUUCUUACGAGAUGGUUGCAAUGAUUGAUUAGGGCUCCUGGUGUUCGGCUGAAACUAAUGCAUAAAGG